AAUGGCGAAAAAUUCCCAAAAUUUCGGGAUUUUGACCCAAAUUCAGGAUUUUUCACCCCAAAACCCGACCCCGCCGUGACCUCGGGGGGCUCCGCCCCCUCCACCCAAAGCUCCGCCCCUUCCGCCCAAAGCUCCGCCCCCUCCACCUCAGGGUGGCCACGCCCCCCUCGYGCUGACCCCGCCCCCCGAGCUUUGACCCCAGCGGCCAAGCCCCGCCCCCCCUCGGUCCGAGCUUUCCAUUCCUGCUCCGCGUCCGGCUCGGCCGAGCUCCUGUGCGUGGUCAGCGGCUUCGCUCCGGCCGCGCUGACCAUCGAUUGGCUGCUGG